AGCGGACUCAAAUCAAGUGAAGGAAAUCUUCUGACAGGAGAAAAAGUUCAUGCUGGAGUUUCCAAAGACCUCGGAGGGCCACAUGAAGUCCAAACUGAACAUGGAGAGUUUGACCAAGCCGGAGCUGCUGAUGCUGUUCAGCAUCCUGGAGGGAGAGCUCGAGGCCCGCGAUCUCGUCAUUGAGGCCUUAAAGGGUCAGCGCAAAGAGCUGUUCAUCCAGGAGCGCUAUGGAAAGUACAACCUCAGCGACCCCUUCCAGGCCCUGCAGAGGGACAGUGAAGCUGUCGGGGGUCAAACCAAGGACCCCGGCUGCUCCCCGUCCACCUCCAACCCUCUGGUGGUUCUCAAGCUGGUGGUGAGCCACUGCCGGAGGAUGCAGGAGAAGAUGCUGGCGCAGCUGGCUGCUGCCGAGAGCAGACACCGGAGGGUUAUUGCAGACCUGGAGGAGGAGCGGCGGCGGCACGCCGAGGACACGGCGGAGGGAGACGACGUCACUUACAUCCUGGAGAAAGAGAGGGAGCGCUUACAGCAGCAGCUGGAGUUUGAGCGGAGCCAGGUCCGCCGGCUGGAAAAAGAACAGCGGCGGAUUACCGACCAGCUUGAAGAGGAACGGGCUCAGCACAAACAGCUUUCCUGUGCUCUUGCCAAAGAGUGCAAGUGGGCGAGUGCCAGGGCUCUGGAGGAGGGUCACCGGCUCACCGAAAUGAGCCGCAAACUUGACAAGGAAAAGGAGGCUUGUCAGGCUCUGAGAAAAGAGCUGGAGGAUGAGAGGAACAGAGCCCUGAGGAUGGAGGCGAGGGUGGAGGAGCAGCUGGCCGAGUUCGACACGGAGCGGGAACAGCUCCGCUCCCGCUUAAAGAAAGAAGAGGCUCACUGCUGUCAGCUGCAGCAACAGGUGGAGGAGCUGAAGAGGAAUUUGGACGAGGUGACCGUGAUGGAAGAAACCAGAGGAGCUACGACGGCUCCUGUGGAGGCAGCAGGGCAGGAGUGGGCAACUAAAGUUGUUCGUGGAAAGACACUGAUGGACUCGAUGGAGGUGGAGGACACUGAAGCAGACGAAGCGCAGCCGAAGGUCAACGGCCAUCAUUGUCUGGCGGAGGCAAACAGGCAUCACAGCUCGCCCGGCGGCCUCUCAGAGAAAUGUCUACAGAACGGAAGUGAAACUCCACCAGUUCAUCACACGUCGUCUGUCUCCCCCGCCGCGCUUCCCUCCUCCCCCUGCGCCUCCCCCGUCCUCGCCAAGCACUCACCCGGCAGCCCGAGCCCCGGGGGCUACCCGUCCCCCUACCAGGCCGGGAUCCACCAGCGCUUCCACGCCGCGCGCCACAAGUUCCAGGGUGCGGCCGAGCCCGAGCCGCAGCCUCAGCCCGUGCAGCCCGCCCUCCUCCCCCCGCCGGCGAAGGAGGGCCCCCCCGCGGGCUGCGGCCCCUCGCAGGAGGCCAGCCCGGUCAAGCAGAUGGCCCGCAGCACCGUCACUCAGGUCCUGUCCCGCUUCACCUCCGUCCAGCAGAGCAUCGCCCCGAAGCUGGCCGCGGCCAACAACUCGCCCUUCGGCACGGACUACCGCAGCCUCGCGGCGCCCCUAUCUCCCGUCAUCGCACGAGCCGCCGGGGCGAUUCCCCAGGGCGUCCGAUCGCCCACCGUCUCCCGGGCGGACAGAGGGAACCCCCCGCCGAUCCCCCCCAAGAAGCCCGGGCUGGCGCAGGCCCCCCCGUCGCCGGCCGCGGUGCCCAGGUCCGCCAGCCACUACUCCGACGGCCCGUUGUCGGGCAGCUGCGGCCUCACGUCCGGCCAGGACGGGGUUAAAGAACUGGACAUGGUGGUCUCAUCCAAUUAAGAGAUUGGUGUGUAAAUCAGUCAGCUGCUGCUCCGCUCGCCACGUCAUGACCGUCUUUGUACAUAACAGGAUUUAUACCGUUUUCUUAUCCGAGCAAAGGUCCCUUCAAACACUGUUGUACUAUUUGUAUUUAUUAGAUUUCUAUUAAAUAUGUGCAGAGGCAGUAUUUCAGGUAGUGAUUAAAGGGCUGGUACUAAUAAGUAUUUUAGUCUUCAGAAGGUGCCAACCGUGUGUCUUCGGCACGCUGUACUGUUACUUUAUGUCUGUUUAAUGGAGUCAUUCCAAAGAAACCUCUUAUUACCUGAAGAGAUAUUUUAUUCCUGUAUGUAUUCCAGUAGGUUCCUCACUGUUUCUAUCAAAUAAUCAUCUUUGAAACAAUUUAUACUAUAAGGUGUUUGUUGUAUCUGAUACUGUUCAGUUACUUUUUAAUCAAUGUUUUUUUUUUUUUGUUAUUCAUUUAAGAUGAUUUUACACAAAAGAUAAUAUGAUCUAUGCCGUCCAGAUUGUUUGUAUGACUAUCCUGUUUUUCCUAAAUGCUGAAUAGUUAUGAGAAUCUAAUAGGCUGAGAUUAAAUGCAGGCGGUGAUGGACACUUAGCUUCAGAUUGUUCUGCCUUUGUCAUCUGGAAGAAACUUAAACACAUCAGUUUCUUAUUGUCCACUGAAGCUUUGAUUGAGAUCAUAAACCAGGAUUGGUAAUCAGAUCAUUUACGGUACUCCAUAGAUUGGAAUGUGAUGUAUUUAAUAAAUUUAUCCUGGACAUUGUCUGAU